AUGAAUGUGUUAGAUGAUGAUGAUGACCAAAGCUUUCACGCUGCGCGUGACGGCUACUCCCAUUUGAGCGAUGUCGAAUGGGAUGCGGUUGAACGGAUGGGUUCAACCAUGGGCAUCCAUGCUGUUAGCGUCAUGCUAGAGGCUCUCAAUAGAGGUGCCCAACAUGCUACUAUCACCAAGUUCAUUCAAAAUGAACUUGACGCAGAACGCGAGAAAGUAGCCUUGCUUUACCAACAAGGUUCUCAACAAGCAGAGUUGUUGAGAGAACAGGGUGCUCAACAGUUUAUACUGUUGAGACAGCAGCAGGCUGCUGCUGGUGGGUCGAUGCACUCGCGUCGAACCGAAACCUUGAAGAUUGACAUCUCCAAGUAUAGGGGAGUCGAAGAGGACUCCCUCUUGAGAUGGUUCGUCGAAGUAGACGACGCCAUAAGGGCGCUUCGCAUCGGCGACGGGGAUAUGCAAGUUGCAUUCGUCCAAUCAAAUCUGGCAGGACGUGCCAAGACUUGGGCACUGGGGCUCAAGUUGCACGACCCAUAUGCGUUUGGAUCGUUGGAAGUCUUCAAGUCGCGGCACAGAAAAACGUUUGAACCGCCUAGAGCUGAGUUCAGAGCUCGGACUGAACUCUUGAAGCUCAAACAAGGUAAGCGUGACGUGCACGCUACGACAUCUCACGAGUUGUAUAAGUUCCAAUCCGGUGGAUGA